AGCGGUGGUAUUUACCGACAUGUUACAGGCCUUAAAAGGCGUAAGACACCUCCAUACCAGUGCAAUGAAACAAGCAGAUCUACACAUUACCAAUCCAAAAGUUCAACCCACACAUGGAAAUACAAAAAAAAAGAAGCCUCUCCCUAAAAUCAAGAAGCUGAACAAGAAGCUAUUCCAGUGGAGAGUGACAUUAGGCACAGACAUCUCUUAGUUUUGCUUGAGUGAGCGUGCAUUUCCAUGUAUAUUCCUGUUUCAGAGCUCUGUGUACCGGUGCCAUGGGGGGAGAUCAGAGGGAAAAUUUGGGGUCCUGAUCAUGGCCGUCCUGUGCUCUGCCUGCAUGGCUGGGCUGACAACUGUGGCACAUUCAACACCCUCAUUCCCCAUUUACCCAAAGAGUGCAGGUACGUGGCGGUGGAGCUGGCGGGUCACGGCCAGUCGUCACAUCGUCCUGCUGGAGUUUCCUACUCUUUCCCCACCUAUGUGAUGGACGUACGCAGAGUUAUUGACGCUCUGCAGUGGAGCAAGUUCUCCAUCAUAGGACACAGUAUGGGUGGUAACAUCGCUGGAAUGUUCAGUGCACUCUAUCCAGAGAUGGUGGAUGCUGUCGUACUGCUGGACUCGUAUGGAUUCUUUCCUACAGAUCUGAAAGAGGUCUUUGAAGUGAUGAGGCAGGGGAUGGAUCAGAUGGUUGAGUUUGAAAAAAAACCAGAGGAGAAAAAGACAAGAGUUUACACUUAUGAAAACGCGGUAGAGAGGUUGCAGGAUGCAAACCCCACACUGUCUGAAAAGUCUGCACACAUCCUCUUAGAGCGAGGUCUCGUUCAAGUGGAAGGAGGUGUGGUGUUUACUCGAGACUUUCGUAUUAAUCUGAAAAAUACGGUGCGCAUCACUGCAGAGCAGAGUCUAGAAUUGCAGUCGAUGAUUAAAGCCCCUGUUCUAGUUGUUCUAGCAGAGGACGGCUUUGAGAAAUUAUUUGUUGAACCAGAUAAAAGGAAAUUUACAUCAGCAAUGCUUCAGGCCUAUAGGGACAGAAAUCACACUGUGGUGAAGGUACCAGGCGAUCAUCACAUCCAUCUGAACGACCCGGGAGUCGUUGCUCCUCUCGUGUCUGACUUCCUGCGGAGCAAAGUGUUGUCAGAGCCAGCUACACUAAAAGAGGAACAGACCUCAAAGUUAUAGUUAAAAUAUUUAUAAAAAUAACAUUAGUUGUGCCUUAAAUACUUUUACUGAAAGGAGUGUUGUGUGAGAUGAAGAGACUGAUACAAAAAAACAGCCAAAUUAGGUUUUUUGGCGCAGCUUGGAUAUUAUAUUUGAUGCUGUCCCUUGUAUCAAUGUCAAAAUUUCAAGUGUGUGAGACUUCUGUGAAAAUGUACAGAAACACUUAAAAACACAUUUGUCUGAUAAUGGUAUGGAACAUAAAGAGAGAUAAUCUUAAAAGAAAACUCCAAAUAUAAAGCGUAUUCAUCCUUAAACUGUCUUUGAUUCAAAACAAUAACAAAAAUCAAUGCAUGAUUAGCUUAUUAGAGGAUGUCCCUUAUAUGAUAGAAGAUAUUAUUUUAUGCUUUGAAGGCCAUGGGAUUCAAAUUUGUGUUUUUUAUCGGUUUUAAAUGUUGACAGUUUUGUCCUCCUUAUUAUAGGAGAUGAGGUAGGAGACUUUGAACUUUUUUGGGGGGGGGAAGUUAAACAUGUUCCCUAUGACAACAACAUAAACAUGUCAUAGAAUGGCAUUCUCACUAACACUACUCUCAUUUCCGACCUUGUCGUUAAAAACUGGACAUCAUCAGCUUUGAAAGCUUGUUGUUCAGGCUGCUGUACUCUUCUUUUAGCCCAGUGUCUUCCUUCUGCACAGAUCACUGUGUUAGCCAACUGUGUUAUAUCACCCUGUAGCUGCUGCCUGAGGAUGGUUUGAAAUGCACUGUGGCCUGUCAGGUGUUUUAGAAGUCUGGAGUAUCUAUCUAUGAAAUUACAAUUCCUUCGAUCUAUAGCAAUAAUUAUCUGACCAUUUUACUAACAGACCAUACUCAUCUGUGGUAUGGUUGUUGUUUUCUAUCACCAAAUGUUUAAUAUUAAAGUUAUUUUUAAUGUAUUGUA